GAUACUUGUCGGAUAUGCAGUGCCCCAGCGGAACCCGAUCAGCCUUUGUUCCACCCAUGCAAGUGUUCAGGAACGAUACGUUACAUUCACCAAGACUGCUUGACGACUUGGCUCAACCAUAGCAAGAAGAAGACAUGUGAUGUCUGUAAACAUCCUUAUGCUUUCACGAAAGUGUAUGCGCAGGAUAUGCCAAACCGGCUUCCUGCUAUCCUUGUCGUCCGUCAGUUCGCCAAGCAGACUGUGACCACCAUGUUCUUCAUAUGUAGGGGCGUUCUCGUUGCGGUGGUAUGGCUCGCGGUCCUUCCCUGGGUCACUGUAUGGACAUGGAGGAUGUACUUCACCAUGGGAGACUCAACCGCAUGGUGGAUCAGCGAUCGUUCACGGCCUGUCCCUGGCCCCGGCUUUCCUUACUUCCCAUUUUACCUUAACGAGACCACCUUCAAUCAGACUGAGAGCGGUGUCUCGAACAAUACGCUCUAUGCACGCGUCACAUCACAUCCUGUUUGGAUGGCAAUCUCUGCAGACAUCUUCGCUGGUCAAAUCAUCGCAUCGUUGAUUGUCCUCACAUCGGUCUCUGUAUUCCUUCUCCGAGAAUGGAUAGUCCAAAAUGCGCGGCCCGGAGUCUUCGAGGAGCUUGACGUACCUCUCGUGGAAGAAGAUGAAGCUGUUGCCGCAGUUAACGAACCCGCCGAAGCACCUGCGCCUGUAGACGUGGAUGCGAAUCCUCCGGAGGGUGAUUCUUCGGAAUCUGAGGGUGAAUCGCAUAUCGCGCCACACGCUAGCGAGUUCCGUAUCGACCCGUCCGGCGAUGAGGUUACUCCGGAAUCAAAUGCAGGUACUUCCGAUCCACCGCUGCACCUUGCUUCUGGGCACUACCAUUCAGGAGAGCCUUCAUUGGAGGAUAGAAGACGCGUUAUGCGUAAGGCUGCUGUGCGCCGUCGCAGAAUGGAAAACGGGGAGAGUUCGGACAGCUCUUCGUCAGAUAGUCCACCUCCGUCCAGACCUAGGCCGAAAUUUCACACCAGAUACGGACGCAGAAGUAGUUCUGAACCACGGACGAUAGGUUCAUCGCCCUCUUACUUGGACGGUACGGAGAACGAUCUGCGCCGACUGAGGCCGUUCCCACCUCCGGCUGUCCCAUCCUCCAGUACACUACGAUCGCCCGCCAGUGUGCCUCGUCGCCCACCGCUUCCCACAUCCGGCCGAUCGUCCAAAGUCAAUACACCUUUAGCAUCUCCCGGCUUAGCCACGUAUCGUGCUCCCGAGGAUCUCGCUGCUGGACCGUCGGACUACUUUAACGAAGAGGCGAUGCCCAGCGAGAAUUUGGAACACGAACAUCACAAGUAUUUCAAGCAGGCUGGCAGUAGCUCCGAUAGUUCAUCCUCUAGUACGGGAAGCCUAACAGUGGAGGAGUUGGAGUUCGACGAACUAUCUGACAGCUUUCCUUCGCUCGACUCCCUGGACACCGACUCAGUUGACGACGAGAAUGAGCCGGAGGCCGAGAUCGGCGAGGAGGACGUGUUCCUCGACGAUCAACCGGCGCAUGCGGACCUCGAUCGCCAGAUCCGUGAGGAUCUUCCCUUAGGUGAAGCCGAAGGACCUGGUGUAGAGGGAAAUGAGGACUUCGACGCCUUCGCGGAAGAUAACGACAUGGAUGGUGCCCUGGAAGUAAUUGGUCUCCGAGGACCCAUAUUUGGAAUCUUCCAGAAUGCCGCCUUGGUUAUUUUUGUCCUUGACACGAUAAUAGGGCUCGGAAUAUGGGUGCCGUUCACCAUCGGCAAGACCACUGCGCUCCUUACGUUGGAUCCUCCGCGCCUGCUGAAGGUGCUACAUUUUCCGAUCAGGGUUAUACAAGUCUUCACCGAUCCCAUUCUCGAUGCAUUACUGUUCAUCGCCAGCCGCGUUCUGUUGCCUUCAGUAUGGACCGCCCUCUCUGCGUGUGCUCAAGCUGUUGGUCGGAUGUCCGUGGCUCUGAUGAGUGCGGCCUUCGGUGACUCCGUUACUUCCAAGGCUACCGAGUAUACACUUGCUGUUCCCAGCAACGGUGGUUCGAGCGCUUCCAUAGGUCGUGGACCUUUGUCCCUGAUUGAUUGGAUGUUCGAAUCGGACGUGCAAUUAGCGCGUUGGGCAGAACCCCAUUUCGCUGCUUUAGGCAGACGUGUUCGCAUUGGCGCCACGGCGGCGGCAGCUAUAUGGGUGCGCAUGGCUUUGGGCAAUGGACCUCUGGAGAAGAUUUUCGCUACGAUCCUUGGCUAUGCAGUCGUCGGACUGCUUCUAGCAAUCUACCUCAACAUGCUCACUGCUGGGAACAUGCGUAACGCUGGACGAGCAAUUCGAAGUACCAUACGCCAGCAGUUCCUGAUCAUUAAGGUUGCCGCAUUCAUAGUAUUCGAAUUGGUCGUCUUCCCGUUCGGGUGCGGUCUUAUGUUGGAUUUAUCGAGCAUAUGGCUCUUCCCUCGUUCGAGCUACGAGUCACGAUGGAUCUUCUUCUGUGCCCGGCCUAUCACAGCGGUGUUCUAUCACUGGGUCGGGGGUACCAUGUUCAUGUACCACUUUGCUAUGCUCUUGAGCGGUUGCAGGGAUAUCAUGCGUCCUGGAGCCAUGUGGUUCAUCAAAGAUCCUCAAGAUCAGAAUUUCCAUCCUAUACGGGAUAUACUCGAGAGACCCACACUAACUCAUCUACGUAAGUUGCUUAUCAGUGCAGAGAUGUACUCUGCAGUGAUCGUAGCUGGGGUUGGCUCUGUUGGAGGAUUCAUGUGGAUGUGCACAAACGUAUUACCGAUUCGAUGGAUGCCUCAAAACAAUCUGAGUGAAGUACCUAUCGACCUCUUGGUGAUGCUAUCAGUCCUUCCCUACACAAUGCAGCACUUCCGCCCAUCUAAGCCCAUCAAAACCGGCGCUUCGGCGCUCUGGAAAUUCCUCUCGAAGAAGCUCCGAUUGACGUCCUACAUGCUGGGAAUUAGGGUGGCUGACGAAGAAAUCACUCCUGCGUACUCAGCAUGGACGCUGUUCGAGAGCUCUCAGAUUCGCGCCGUGGAUCUGAAGGAUGGCGGCUUCCGGCGUGUCCCGGCGAGCGACCACAUCGCAUUGGCCCGCGACAUGCGUGGUACUGCCGCCGUCGACGAGAAUGGAGUACCAUUAACCGAGGUCGACUCAAGGAUCAUACAAAGCCAGAACGCCGAAGCGGAGAAGGCAGGGCGCCAGAUAAAAGACGACUAUAUGAUUGUUUAUGUCCCGCCUCACUUCAAAUGGCGUCUUGCUCUUUUCGUCCUUGGCCUUUGGACUGCUGGCGCUGCUGCUACAACGGCAGUCAUAUCAUGUCCGAUCAUGCUGGGACGCGCGGUCUUCAAGCUCGUCAUCGCUGAGGAUGUCCAUGACGGAUAUUCAUUCUUCCUCGGGUUUUACCUCCUAUACGGCUGUUUUGUUGUUGGCCGCGCCUUCGAUCGCAUGGACAAGAGGCGACAGAGGGCGUGGCCGGACGACGACGAGGUUUCCAGCGCACCGCGAAGUCUCUACGUUCUCAAGCGCACGCUCGUUUGGCUGGCACAAAUCUUGUACAUGGUUGCGUUUUGCGGCUUCAUCUUGCCCACACUGCUUUCUUUGGUCGUCGAGGUCUACCUCAUCCUCCCCAUCCGAUUCUCCAUGAAUUCCAAUUUCAUCCCACGCGUUAGGCUCAUCGACAUGUGGGCCCUUGGAUUAUUGUACACUCGGAUUGCCCUGAAGACACACCAUCUUCACUCCCGCACUGGCAUUGCUCGUGGUCUCCAGAAGAUCGCGCGUAACGGUUGGACAAGUCCAGAUCCGUGGUCGGCGACCGUAGAAGUCAUCGCUCCGGCCUUUGGUGGGCUUGCUGGCAUGCUCCUUCUACCGGCGCUUGUGGUCCUGUCAUUCCGCAAGUUUUUAGACAUGCAAGUAGACAAUAGGUUCCUUCUCAUGCACGUCUUCCCUGGCAUCUUCGCAGCGGCUGGCUUAUACCGCACAGCCAAUUCUCUGAACGUUUUGUUCGCGAGCUGGUCACAGACGAUACGCGACAAUGAGUUCCUGGUCGAGAUGCGACUGCGGAACAUGGAACCG